GUCAUCACGCUUCAGGCAUUUGCACCUCAGGAUUCGGAGCCAGUGGCGCACCCACUAUGCCCAGUCCAUGCCCUGCAAGUUUAUUUGGAGAGGACUAGUCAUUUCAGGCAGGCGAAACAGCUGUUUAUAUGUUUUGGUGGCUGUACCCAAGGACUGCCAGUUUCAAAACAGCGGCUGUCACAUUGUGGAAGCGAUCACGUUGGGAUAUGCUUCUAAGAAUGAGGCCUGUCUGUGGGGAGUACACGCCCACUCCACGAGAAAAAUGGCUUUGUCGUGGGCCUGAAGGUUUCAUAGUGUUUCCGCUCACAGUAAGAGAUGUUUGAAUGAUCACAGUAUAGAAGAUUCAUCUGGAUCAGACGAUGAAGAUCAUACAGCUUCACUUCUAUCUGUUGAUGUGGUCUCAAGUCACAGAGAGUCUAACAAACAAAGCAGUAACUUUAGGAGCUGAUGUGAAUAUAAUCUGUGAUCUUGAUAUAAAGGAGAUUUACUGGUACAAACAGAAAUCACCAGAUCCUCCAGUGUCGAUCUUACGCACAUAUAAAAGCACAUAUGAAGGAGCUGAAUAUGAAAACAGCAUCUUCAAACACAAAUACUCAGUGAAAACUAACAGUCGUCUGUUCAUCAGAAAUAUCAGCACUGAUGAAUUAGGAGUUUAUUAUUGUGUCAAAACUAGUGAACCACGAAAAUUCAGCAAUGGCACCAAAAUCUACAUCAGCGACUUUGUCCAAAAGAAUAUAACAGACUCAGUCCACAGGAAUCAGACAGAAUCAGAUGAUGCUCCACAACAACAGACUCCAUGGAGAACCGUGACCAUCACAUCUGUCCUGCUGAAUGUGCUUUUGAUCAUUGCAUUGAUAGGUUUGGUGAAGAGCUACAUUGACGUAACUGGAAGAUUUAAAAAAUACACUGCAGGUCAAAUAUCAAAUAAUCUACAAUGUGCUGAAGUUGAUUUAUUAAUGUGUCCUGAAAACACCAGGCUUUGUCCAGAGCAGAGCACGAGUGUCCUCUACUGUCAAUGAAAUUUUCUACUAAUUCUAGUUUUAUAUUUUAUUAUUUGACAUACUACUGGAAAUCAAUGACACAAACCUCAA